AUGGAUUCCGAAGAUCUGCUGGCCCGCUUGAGGCGCCUCGAGGAACAAGUGACACAGAACGGGCAUGCGUCACGUCUACAGGAGGCUCGGGAUAGCAUGGAUGUUUACGCGGAGCAGUACCGCACUAGAGAGACGGCUCACAGCGCAGCGCUCUGGGAAGAGGAGGAGCCCAUCAUGGAGGUGUUGGCGGGCGAGGAGAACGGCCCAUCCUUUGCCGCGCGCUUGGCACGACUGGAGAGGUUGAUGGCAUCAAUGCCACAGCAGCUGGAGACCUUGCACCGACGCAUUGACGGGCUGGUCCUCACGCGGGCCCCGGGGACGUUGGGAACGCCCGGGGAGCGGCCCAAGGAGGUCAGAACGGAGGACAUCGAGGGUCACAACCCGGCUGCCUCCAUCGCUGGUACGGAAGUUUUAGCAUCGGCGACCUCCCAGUUCACGGCACUUCACCAGGAGCUGACGAAGAUCCGCCAGGAGAGCGAAAGGGAAGAGAGAGAAGAGGAGGAAGAGGCGCAGAGAAACGUUUCCGGAAAGCAAACUCGGUUCAUGUUGAUGCCCGGAAGCAUGUCUCUGACCAUCGUCCCUUUGGGGAAGAGGCUCUUCCGCCUGGGCACUGGCCGACUCGACACCUCCGGCACCCAGCAGUACUCCCCGAGCGUUUACAGUCUGCCAAGCAACUGUUGGGGAGCACUCUCACUUGUGGGGCUCCAAGAGUUCGGUUCUACGGCAUCCGGUCUCACUCUGCUUGGGGCGACGCUCGCCGCCCUCGUGCAGCUGCUGUUCUGCCUGGUGCUGUUCCAAGGGCUCCUGGACACUCCACGUGACGACAGCGUCCUUCGCGAUUGGCGCGUGCUGGGCCACAGCGCGGCCUUCUACGACCCGGUCUCAAAGACCUCGCUGGCCGGUCGGCUCUGCCGAAACGGACACUUUGGUCUGGGCGAGGUUAUCGAGGAGGUGCGAGGCUUCCUGCAGCCGGCCUUAGCGCAGCUUUCUGUGGGCGUCCUGCUCAGCAGCAUGGCGGUUCUUAUCUGGGCGUGCUACGUCACCAUCGAGGUGGAAGCAGUCCUCAGCUUGGUGUGUGCACUACACAAGCUCCCGCCGAAGACAACCAUUGUCGAGCAAGCAGAAGGCUACUUGAGCUUUCGAAGCAUCAGCGACGAGCGCCGCCUGGGCGUCUCCUUCCUCCUCUUUUGCCGCUCCGGGGUACUGCUCAUCCUGGGUUUCAGUGGUGGCGUCUGGCUGUCGAGGCUACAGGACGUGGGAGGCAUUCUCCACGACUGCGUGAUGCUGGUCAUGAUUCUGGGACUCGAUGAACUGGCAUACAAACUACUGGUGCCGCGUCCGGCGAAGACCUACGCAGGUGCUAUCAGGACCUUCAUGUUCCAGGACGGCCACAAGACAACUCCCGGCUGCACUUUGGCAGCCAUUGGGAAGCUGGGGGCUCUGGUCCUCUCCGUGGCCUUUCUCAUCACUUUCGGAUGCCUGCACAGCGGCGUCGUGGCCGAUGAGGUGAGCGCCGUCCUCUGUGGUGGCAACGUGGACUUCGUCACUUCGCUCCACCCAAGCCUUGGAGUUCCGAUCGUGCUGGACACUGAAAGCCAUGACUCUGCGAAGGCUGAGCAAAUCCGGAGUUGGGCCCUGAGCUACGUGCCACAGCCGGACCAGGCCUACUUCAACAUCACGCUCCUGCAGGGCGCCGUCGCCGUAAGGCGAGUGGGAUCUUACGAGGAGCUACAAGCAUACUUGGCCCUCACGGACCGCGAGGCCUCAGAGCAAGGCUUUGGCACCGGAUGCCAGGAUCUCGGCCGCGAUUCUUCGGAAGGUGCCUGGCUUUGGCCUUCCCUUGCUGCGGCAGGGGCGAGCAACUGCCAGCAGGCGUAUUCCUUGUGUGACCGUCGAGAUCUUCCUUUGGCUCGGAUGCUCUGCCCAGAGACCUGCGGCUGCUUGGAUUCGGCCGCUGGUCUCUACGUCAGCAACGGCUGCAGGCAGCUUUGCCUCCAGGAGGUUGACACCUUUAACGAGUCCCUUCGCACGACGCCAUGCGAGGACCUCCGAGCGCAGGGCGAUUAUCGAAGGACCGCCUGGUCCCGGUGGUGGGCAGGCUUCUACCAAGCCCACGACAAUGACUCCACCGUUGAGGAAGCGAUGAUCGAUUUUGCCAGGAACGGGGCCCAAGGCGACUGCUCCUUCUUGAACACCCAGGACUCCAUUCGGGACCGAUUCUGCCGUGGAGGCAGUGACCGUCCUGGCACCGCAAUUUGCCCCGUCACUUGUGGCUGCACCUCCGGCGCGAUCUCCGACUGGUGCCCCAGCAGCUGCUGA